CUUGAAGAGAAAUAUAUCGGGAAGCGAAACUUGUAUAUAAAUCCUUGUAGAUUAUGAUGAAUAUCUAUUGAUAUAUUUACAUGUUUUAUAUUUUUUCGAAAAGUACGGAAACGCAAGAAACAAAAUUUUGUGAGCAUAUAUAUCUUCUCUCGUGAAUGUGUUGCAUAUAUGUAGUAUCGAGAUGUCGCAUGGUCGAAAGCAUCGAAAGAUUCGAGAGUACGACUAGAGGUACGACGACGCCAUUAUGUUUGUACCAACACCAAGAACGAAUGCCUCCGGAGUGUGAGAAGCCUUUGAAUAGUCUAUAGAUUGAAAAAAGAAACGAAAAAAAGUGAUCGAAACUUAGCACAUGCUUCUUUGCUUCUUUCUGACGCGUAAAUCGUUGCACCGUCCGGAAAGGUGGGUUGUGUGUCGUGCGUGCAAGCCCCUAAAGAGUUCUCGUUUAACUACCGUCAUUUUUCGCCAAAUAUGGAAAUAGAACAAAUUUGAGAGUUUUGUGCAACAAUGUAAAAAAGGUUGCGGCGAGGGGACAAAGAAGCAACGGAAGAUGAAAAUCGUGUAACGAAUAAAAAUCAUUCGUGGAGAAAAACGUUCUGCUUCCAUUCAUUUUCGUUUACAAAACGCCACAUUUUUUUCUCGUAAACGGAUUCGAGAACCGUGACCCAUCCGUACACAUUUUUCGGAUUAUAAUUAACGGUUUAUUGAAAAAUUCGGAAAAAACCGUUAUAGUAUGUUUGUAAUGUGUGAAGAUACGAUGAAUAAUCGGUUAAGUGCAAUUGUUUCGAACUUCACAAGCACACUAUACACGCGUGUAUACUCAUUCGUUUGAAACGCCACGAACAAGAGUGCGAGAACAAGAUUUUUCGUAUAAUUACUUUCAACACAGUUUCAUCAUGUCUUCAAGGAAAAAAGAGUAACUUCUACGAAUUAUUGGAUUUUGACGAAUAUUUUUCAAGUACCACGUUUAUUUAUUCACCUGUCAAUAUGUCAGCAGAAGAAUGUGAGAGUGACAUGGACUAUUCGGACUCUGAUUGUGGAGAUACCGGAUAUGAGGAUUACUAUAACAUUCAACCAUGGGGUACAGAAGCAGACAAUGACGCAGAUCCGGAACAUAACAGACGAGAUCCUGAAUACGCCGUACACGAUUGUUUGAGAGUCGAAGAGGUGGAGAGAUUAUUGAACGAAAAUGUUGAGAUACUCAGCAACAGUCUUCACAUAACGCCUUCCCUGGCAAAAGUCUUGUUACAUGCUCACAAUUGGGCACUCCAAGACAUUGUAACUAAGUAUCGUAACAAUGCAUCCAGUCUCUUGAUCACUUCCAAAAUAAAACCUUCUCAUCCACCGGAGUCUUCUUCGGGGUCCAAAAGUCAAAGAGGGGGACAAUGCUCCGUUUGUAUAAGCAUUUACCCACCUGAAAAAUUUGCCACGCUCACCUGUGGACAUGCUUUUUGUAAGGAUUGUUGGUGUAUGCACUUUGAGGUUCAAAUCACUCAGGGGAUUUCCACAGGGAUCGGAUGCAUGGCACAGGAUUGUGAAGUCCUUGUUCCAGAAGAUUUUGCACUUUCCCUCCUGACAAAACCGAACAUGAGGGAUCGAUAUCAACAAUUCGCGUUUCGCGAUUACGUUAAAACUCAUCCUCAGUUGAGAUUUUGUCCUGGACCAAACUGCCAAAUAGUAAUGCGCUCGAAGGAACACCGGGCCAAACGAGUCAUAUGUCUCUCCUGCAAAACAGUUUUUUGCUUUCGAUGUGGAAUGGAUUAUCACGCACCUACUGAUUGCGGCACGAUCAAAAAAUGGUUAACCAAAUGUGUGGAUGAUUCCGAAACUGCCAAUUAUAUCAGUGCUCAUACCAAGGAUUGUCCCAAAUGUCACAUUUGUAUAGAGAAAAAUGGUGGCUGCAACCACAUGCAAUGUUACAACUGCAAACACGAGUUUUGUUGGAUGUGUCUCUGUGAUUGGAAGACUCAUGGAAGUGAAUAUUAUGAAUGUUCGCGAUACAAGGAGAAUCCCAACAUCGCACACGAAAGCGUCCAUGCUCAAGCCCGUGAAGCUUUAAAAAAAUACCUCCACUAUUACGAAAGAUGGCAGAACCAUAGUAAAUCGCUAAAACUAGAAGAGCAAACUCUCGAGAGUAUAAAAUCACGAAUCACUAAGAAAGUUAUGAACGCGAGUGGUACGUGGAUCGAUUGGCAACAUUUAUAUGCAGCGGCAUCGCUCUUGGCACGUUGCCGUUAUACUCUUCAGUACACGUAUCCAUAUGCUUAUUAUAUGGACCCCGGUCCUCGUAAAGAAUUGUUCGAGUAUCAGCAGGCUCAAUUAGAGGCAGAAAUUGAGAAUUUGUCUUGGAAGAUUGAACGUGCCGAAACCACCGACCGAGGUGAUUUGGAAAAUCAGAUGGACAUUGCUGAAAAACGUCGUGUUACGUUGCUGAAGGAUUUUCUCGAGGAGGAACAACGAGUAUAGUAAUUUUGCGAAACGAGGAAAGGAGGUCCGCCUGACUGAGUUAUAAAAUAAGAAUCGGAGAAAAUAGGGGAAAAUAACGAAGAAAGAUGAAGAGAAAGGUACAAUAUCAUAGCUGGUUCUCUUUAUGUUAUUGCUGUUGUAACACGAUUGAAAACAUCGAAUUGGAAUUCGCCAUAAAACGAAUUCAAUUUCACUGUGUAGAAAAAAAAAGGUAAAAACUUAAGUCCGUUCGAACCGGCCGUGAUAAGAAUAAAGCAUACCAGAGUAAAUGGAUUAUUUUUUGGUUCAUCAAUGGCGUAUUUUAGGAAAUUUGAAGAAAAACUUAAAUUUAAGGAACAUAUGAAUUCCUGAGCAAUGCUUCCUUCUUAUGAUCUCUCUGUCUUUCUCUCGGUCGCUUAUCAGAGUCCUUAAUACUCAGAAACCAUGGUAUUCAAAUUUGCACAGAUGCAAUUAACAAAAAUUUAUUGACUUGUGCCAAAAAUCCAUUUAUACUCGUCCGGGCAUCGAAAUUUGGUCAGUGUCUGUCGAAACCUCAAUACUGAAGCAGAACAAUAAUGUUGAACAAAUUCAUUACAAGCUAAGGAUAAGGAAUUCUAUUGUUUUACAUACAAACGAAAAAGAAAAAACCAUCAGAAAUGUAUUUUAUUGAACGAAAGAGAUAAUAAUAAAUGAAGGACGUUCAUGUGGUUAGCCGAGAGAUAAAACAAGAGCGAAUAAUACUUAGUAAGGGACUCGAUCCUUCUUCGUAUCCUCACCACAAGUAUUGUUAUUAUUAAGACUCAUGUAUUAAUUAAAAAUAGAUAUUGCACACUAGCGAAAAAUAUUUCUUCGAUUACUUUGAACGUAGAAAAAUCAUUUGAAUUUUAUUUUGUUUAUUGUGCUAGAGACGAGAGCGCAUAAAAACUAUCGUGUAAAUACAAUAAUUUGAUCUGACGCGAGAGUAAACAUGCGAUGAAAUUAGAAAAAUAAAAUAAUUAUAUAACGGUAAGAAAUGAAUGUGAAUGCGGUGUGUGUUAAUUUUUAAGGGUUGUAUAACAUUUUUUAAGACCAUAGGCGAUACGUUAAAAUAUAAGCAACGAUCAGAGUCAAGCGUGCAGUUUAAUUAGACCUAUUGUUUAGAAAAAUCAACUAUAAUAAUGAUUAUUACUAUUAUUUAAUCUCGAAUGUGAAUUUUACUCUUAAUUGCGAAAAUUUUUGUUGAUCCCUUCAUUGGUAGCAGAAAACUAAUCAAGUCCGAUACCGUGAGAGUUGAUAAUGAAGCAUUGACAUGAAACUUUUUUGUCAAAUAGAAGAUUCCGAAAAAUACGCGCGCUCAUGUCGAAUUGAUCAGCAGAAUAAAAAGUCGAAGUAUUCGAAACUUUAUCCGCCCGCACGAGAAAUGUUUGUUACCCCAAAAAAUGCUUGAGCAUUUUUGUCAUAAAAAUCGCAAUAAUUUAUGAUGAGAUAGAUGAUGAUACAAAAAAUUGGAGAAAUAAAAUUUUACGGUAAUGCUUCUUUGAAGGAACGAAUCUUUCGUUAAUUAAUAUUUACUGGAUGUACGGUUGUGUAUCCAAAAGUGUGAAAUAAUAAAACAGUUGUUUCUACAAUA